AUGGCUCCCAUUCGACGAUACCUUCGCAUUAGCAAAUACUCAGUAUUGGAAUGUCGCAUUUAUCUCGAUACCCCAUCCGAUUCACGAUGGCUCUUGGACUCUCGCGAUCCUGUCCUGCCGCGCGUCAUCGAGGCGGUUCGCCCGUUGGUUCUUCCGAAGCUGCGCGAAGAGAAUGAGCGGUCAUUUAUGCGCAAGAAGGGCAAGCCGGUCAAAGAUGUCAUUGUCGAAGACGACUUCGACGUGGCCAUCUUCCUCCGCGAAUCCCGUACCCGCCAUUCGCUCCUCACGCGCAGCAAGACAUUCCACGGAAAGGAAAAUCAGGAUCAAGACUUGAACAUGGAGGUGAAACCAGACCAUGUCUCGGGGGAUACGGCUGCCAACCCGGUUGAUUCGGCAGACGGUGGAAUUAUGAUCGAGAGCGACAGUGAGCCUGAUCUGGAACUGCACAAUAUUCCUGAAUCCACGGACGAAGUUGCAUCGGAGAAUAGACGCCGUUCAAGUAAGAGAAAUCGGACAACCAUGGAAGACCGGGUGCCCGAAGACACGAGUGGCAGUGACGAGAAGAAGCUUCGUUUCACCACCCAUUAUGAGAGCUUCAAUAUCUGCGGAUGGGUGUUGUGUCUGUUGAUCACUCGGAAGGGCAAUAAAAGCCGACCAAGUGCCGUGACAUCUGAGUCAACUCGGCAACCUCUAAUGGAAGAAUGGAUUUCCACUCAGGCCCAGGCGUCUGUUGAGGAUUGA